CAAAGGGAAAUUGUGCUUUUCCAGCAUGCUAACUGACCCUGAUUUACCUCAGGAGUUUGAAAGGAUGUCUUCCAAGCGACCAGCCUCUCCGUAUGGGGAAGCAGAUGGAGAGGUAGCCAUGGUGACAAGCAGACAGAAAGUGGGAGAAGAGGAGAGUGACGGGCUCCCAGCCUUUCACCUUCCCUUGCAUGUGAGUUUUCCCAACAAGCCUCACUCUGAGGAAUUUCAGCCAGUUUCUCUGCUGACGCAAGAGAACUGUGGCCAUAGGACUCCCACUUCCCAGCACAACACAAUGGAAGUUGAUGGCAAUAAAGUGAUGUCUUCGUUUGCCCCGCACAACUCAUCUACCUCACCCCUGAAGGCAGAAGAAGGUGGGCGCCAGAGCGGGGAGUCCUUGUCCAGCGCCGCCCUGGGCACCCCGGAGCGGCGCAAGGGGAGCCUGGCAGAUGUCGUGGACACCCUGAAGCAGAGGAAAAUGGAAGAGCUCAUCAAAAACGAGCCAGAAGAAACUCCCAGUAUUGAAAAGCUACUAUCAAAGGACUGGAAAGACAAGCUUCUUGCCAUGGGAUCAGGGAACUUUGGAGAAAUAAAAGGGACUCCAGAAAGCCUGGCUGAGAAGGAGAGGCAGCUCAUGGGUAUGAUCAAUCAGCUGACCAGUCUGAGGGAGCAGCUGCUGGCAGCUCACGACGAGCAGAAGAAGCUGGCUGCGUCUCAGAUCGAGAAACAACGCCAGCAAAUGGAGCUGGCCAAGCAGCAGCAGGAGCAGAUUGCAAGACAGCAGCAGCAGCUUCUGCAGCAGCAGCACAAAAUUAACCUUCUUCAGCAGCAGAUCCAGGUCCAGGGUCAGCUGCCUCCAUUAAUGAUUCCCGUGUUCCCUCCAGACCAGCGAACCCUAGCAGCAGCUGCACAGCAAGGAUUCCUCCUUCCUCCUGGUUUCAGCUACAAGGCGGGAUGCAGUGACCCCUACCCCGUUCAGCUGAUCCCAACUACCAUGGCAGCUGCUGCCGCAGCAACUCCGGGCUUAGGCCCGCUGCAACUGCAGCAGUUGUAUGCUGCCCAGCUUGCUGCCAUGCAGGUGUCUCCGGGAGGGAAGAUCCCUGGCAUUGCCCAGGGGAGCCUCGGUGCUGCCGUGUCCCCUACCAGCAUCCACACAGACAAGAGCACAACCAGCCCUCCUCCCAAAAGCAAGGAUGAAGUGGCCCAGCCUCUGAACCUUUCAGCCAAACCCAAGACAUCUGAUGGCAAAUCUCCCACAUCCCCCACCUCUCCUCACAUGCCAGCUCUGAGAAUAAACAGUGGGGCCAGUUCGCUAAAGUCCUCCGUGCCAGCAACAUUAGCGAGUCCUUCAGCCAGAGCCAACACAAUAGGUUAUUUAAAUGACCAUGAUGCUGUCACCAAGGCCAUCCAGGAGGCCCGGCAGAUGAAGGAGCAGCUACGGAGGGAGCAGCAGGUGCUGGAUGGGAAGGUGGCCGUGGUCAACAGCCUGGGUCUCAAUAACUGCAGGACAGAAAAAGACAAAACAACACUGGAGACCCUGACCCAGCAGCUGGCAGUAAAACAGAGUGAAGAUGGGAAGUUCAGCCACGCAAUGAUGGAUUUCAACAUGAGUGGAGAUUCUGAUGGAAGCGCGGGGGUUUCGGAGUCGCGGAUUUACCGGGAGUCGCGAGGGCGCGGCAGCAACGAGCCGCACAUCAAGCGCCCCAUGAACGCCUUCAUGGUGUGGGCCAAGGACGAGCGCAGGAAGAUCCUGCAGGCCUUCCCUGACAUGCACAACUCCAACAUCAGCAAGAUCCUAGGGUCUCGCUGGAAAGCUAUGACAAACCUAGAGAAGCAGCCAUACUACGAGGAGCAGGCCCGGCUCAGCAAGCAGCACCUGGAGAAGUACCCAGACUACAAGUACAAGCCCAGGCCGAAGCGCACGUGCCUCGUGGACGGCAAGAAGCUGCGCAUCGGCGAGUACAAGGCCAUCAUGCGCAACCGGCGCCAGGAGAUGAGGCAGUACUUCAACGUCGGGCAACAAGCGCAGCUGCCGCUGGCCACGGCGGGCGUGGUGUACCCGGGAGCCAUCGCCAUGGCGGGCAUGCCCUCGCCGCACCUGCCCUCGGAGCACUCGAGCGUGUCCAGCAGCCCCGAGCCCGGCCUGCCCGGCCUGCAGAGCGCCUACGGGGCCAAGGGCGACGAGCCGCACGUCAAGGAGGAGCUGCAGCCCGACGAGGCCAACGGCGACGUCUACGACGACUACGACGAGGAGGAGGAGGACCCCGAUGCAGACUAUGGCAGUGACAGUGAAAACCACAUGGCGGGCCAGGCCAACUGAUGGGGCCCCGCCGCCCGCAGGACUUCAAGGAGGAAAGGAAAACAGAAAUCCAUAAAGCCCCGUCUGGUUUAUCCUUGCCAGUGGCCAAGCACAUUAACUUUCUCAUACACUGACUGUUACUUUAACUGUUAGUCUUAACUAGUUGGGACAUCAGCUGACUAAUAGACAUCAGCCUGCGUCAGAAGGAAAAAGGCUCAGAAGAAAGGAAACAAGGACAACGACAACAACAACAGAAUGAUAUAAGCUAUGGGUAAAAUAAUGCCAGUAAUUCAGCUGCUAUACCCAAGCACUGAAGUCUUACCCGUUGACCUUUUAUUAUUAUUAUUUUUUUUUCAAAUAAACUUUAUGGCUGUUUGUUCUACAAUGUUCUAGAAAUUCUCACUCAGGUACACAGUGCCAACAAGUGGCUUGUGAAUGUGUUUUGUUGUUUUGUGCUACAGUUUAAAGAGAAAUAAUUUUUUUUUUUUUUGGUAAUGCACCUGACAGGAAAAAAAAAAGAUAAAAUUCCUUUUAACCCCCUCUGUCUCCUCCUCCUCCUCUUCUUCCUCUUCCUCCUCUUCCUCCUCCUUCUCCUCCUCCUGACUGACGUCAAAUCUGGGUCAGAAGUGUGUGUGUGUGCGUGCCUGUGCGCGUGGCUGGCAAGGAAGGAAGUGGGGAGUCUUUCUGUUAACCCCAACAAGCAUUUCCUUUCAAGAGAGGACUUCUCUUCAUCAGUUGCACACCAUACUGAGUCUUUGAGCAAGUGCCAAAUUUGUACUAAAGCGCUGAACUAGUCCAAUUUGCUUUUUUUAGGUUGGUCUCUUCUUGUUUUGUUUUUCUUUGGUUUUUCAUUUGCUUCUUGCUCUGUCUGAAGUUAGGACAGUGUUAUAUCUUAGACAAUCCCUUGAAGAACCUGAUAUACCAGCAGCUGGUGAGAUUAGACAUAUAUUUUUGCUUUUGCUUUUGCUUUUUAAAGGAAACUGUAGGUGCUGUUCUCAGGUGAAAAAAAAAAGAGAGAGAGAGAGAGACAUAAGAAAUUUAGAGAAAAAAUAUUUUAUGGUCUUGGAUUUUCAUGUGUGCGUGUUUAUGGUACUAAUAAGAAUAAUCUUGGACUAUCGUGGGCAAAAAGCAUGUUCCAGAAUGAAGUCCUGCACCCUCCAAGCAACUUGGUCUGUAAGAAACCUUUACUUUUAGUUUGCACUUCAAGUGGCAGCAUAAACAACAUAAAAGGCUUGUCCAAAAUGUGGUUUGUUCUGCAGAGGACACAGCAGCUGGAAAUGUUACCAGGUGCUGAGCAUAAUUAAGUUACCACCAAGCGGGCCCAGUUUGAUGAACUCGUCCCUUCAGGCUGGUUGAGUACUGAUUUCUGAUUCAAAGGGCCAUUUUUUUUUUUUUUGACUGACUUCUUUUUCUCCCGUGCACUGGCAGAGAUUGUUCUUGUAUCAGUGGGAUGUUUGCGUGGGAAGGAAGGCUGAUAGCUGAGAGGAGAUUUCUGUAUUCCAAGGAGGGUUGCAAGAACUCAGCCCAGUGCAGUGCUGAGUUCCCCUUGCUGCUGCCUCUCACAGCUGAAAAAUCAUUCUCUGUGCUCAGCAGUCUGCAGUCCUGUUGUAGAGCAGUCCCACUGCUGGGGCAGGAUCAGGGAGCUGUCGGAGCUGCUCUUUGCCCGGGAGGGGAAGGGAAGCUCUUGGCACAAACCUUCCUCUGAAUCGUUCUUCAGCUGAGGAUGCCAGCUCUGUGUCGCUUCCCAGUAAAUUCCUACUCCCAGAGGGAGCAGCAUUGCUGUUGGUACCCCUGUACCUUACAAAAUCAGCCCCCUUACAAAAUCAGCCCCCUUACAAAAUCAGAGCCCUGCUCAGCGCUGCUUGGCAGCCCUGACUUCGCAAGCAGCCCCUCAGUCAGGCAAGUUCAGCCCUUGGUGGCAGGUGCAGGACGGUGAGCAGGACAGGCAGGAGGAGGGAAUGCUUUUCCUGGCCUCUCGAAAUCCCACUGGAAGUGUAACUUGAGCUCUGCAGACCUCGUGCAAAGCAAAAAGCAAAUGCCAUUGAGCGCUUAGGACAAUGCUCCCACGUUUGGGCAUGUGACAGUUGCACCCUGCUACAUCUCUUUUCUUUUUCUCUGUUCUCCCCAUUUUGAUUUCCACCUCUGCUUUGAAACAUUCUUUUCUGUUUUCUCUCUCUCAGAAGAUUUGCUCUGAAAUUAUGCUUGGAGUAGCUGAUCAUAUCCUCCGUGUCAGAGAGGGUUCUUUUCUGUUUGUAUUUUAUGACUGUGUUGGGGUUUUUGUUUUUUUUUUCAGUUGAACUGCCUCUUCUUGCUAGUGUUGAAUGGUAAUUAUAAUAAUAAUAAUAAUGGUCAGCUGUUCCCAGAUUAGUAAAUUAUGUAUAAUUUAUUUACACCCUCCCCCCUUUUUUAACUUUAUUUUAUUCUGUUCUAAUUUGGCAGUGCAGCAAAUGAAGCUGUUAGGCUAUUUAAAAUGGAUACCCCUCCCCACCUUACCUUUUUAUAUAUAUAUAAAUAUAUAUAUAUAUAUACAUAUGAAAACAAAUCGCUUCUUCUUCUGCUCACACCAUUUCUCUUUCUUUUAUUUUAAUUUUGGCCCCAGCCAUGUCAACUUCUGAUGUUUAUUAUGAUGGAGUGAAUUAAUGGGAGUGUUGUUUUCAAUCUUAAUUAACUUCUGCUCUCUCAUCACUCAUUUUAGUUAUUUAAUUACACCAGUCAUCUAGAGCCAAUUUUUUUGAAGCACUCUGUUUGGAUAAGAAGGAAAAAAAAGUAGACAAUUGUUUUUAUAUCAUUAUUAUGUACAAUGUGAAAACAGAUAUUUGCUCCUUUUUAUUUUAAUUUUUUUAAAACUUUUAAAUUUGUUCCCUGUCUUUGUGAACAAAUUACUUCUGACUCCUGUGGGUUCACCUCACAUUUGCUGGAUGCUUGAUUUCCACCACAGUUGAGAGUCCCUCCGGUUGAAUUGUGUCACUUCAGGCCACCAGGAUACUUUGUUUUAGCUCCAGGUAGGUGCCUCGCUGCGGGCUGGGGCUGGAGCAAGCCUUGGGCUGGCAGGGCUCAGGGGGAAGGGGCCCUUGGGCUCCAGUGGGACCAACUCCUGGCCCUGAAAUCCCAGGAGAGGCUGGGGGCAGCCUGCUGGGCACCAGGGCUGGGCAGUGCUGCUGUCCCCAGCCUGCUGUCCCUGGCACAGUGGGCAGUGCCUGCUGUCCCC